AUGGAAGCCGCUUUGGCGGUCAGACCCUCCGGGGACAAUCUCUGGAAAGCUGCCGUCGAUUCUGUCGGAGAUGAGCUCAAGUCUCAGAUAGACUUCAAACAGGAGUCCAAAAUUGACACUCUUGGAGAGCUGUUAUCAGUGACUGAAAAAGCAAAGAAGCGUUUGACUGAUCGAGCAUGGUCUUUUAAGAGAUCAUCUGGUGAGAAGGUGAUCGUGCGCGAUGUGCUGGGCAAAGUAGCCAAAUGGGUCAACCUCAUCAAGCAGGUGGGUGAUUUUGCCGUCCAGUUUGAUCCGGGACAUGCUGGUGUGGCAUGGGCAGGCAUUCGAUUCAUGUUGACGGUCGCUGUCGGGGAUUUGGACACAUAUAAGGGGAUGUUCGAAACAACAGCAGAUAUCGCCGAGUACAUCUGUCGAACUGCCGUGCUCGAGAGUCUAGUGAAGGGAAAAUCUUCUCAGGCGGCAGAUGAGCUGAGCCGUGCUAUUGUUAAGCUUUACAUAGCCAUCCUCACUUAUCUCUCUCGAGCGACCGCCUACUGCAACCAAAAUACCUUCAAACGGAUUUUGAAGUACGGAGUUCUUGUAUCGGGUGAUCUGGAAUCGAGUUUUGCGGCCGUUGCACCAGCCCAAGAUGUCGUCAGCCGUUGUGCACUGGUGAUGGAUCUUGAGGCUCAGUUGGACUCUCAAGUUGAACUCCGGCGCAUCCGUGAAAGCUUUGAUGCUCCUAUGCAGCGCUGGGAUGGAGCUCUUCAUGCCAUUUCAGAUCAGCUCGAGGGAGACCAAAGAAAGGAAAUAUUGCAAUGGAUGUCGGCCGAACCCUAUAUACAACAUCACAAACAGACGAAAAGCGAGGUGCUGAAAGGGACGGGAAAUUGGCUCCUUGAAAAUCCCAGCUUCCUGGAGUGGAAGAAUGAAAGCGCAUCUUCUAUACUGUGGAUUCGUGGCAUACCGGGAUCCGGAAAAAGUAAACUAAUGUCGAUCGCAAUUGAGGACGCCAUGAGCGCAUUCCAGGCGAAGCAAAGCCCACAUCCAGUAUACUUCUACUGCUCUCGUAACCCGGCAGAGCCUGGAAGAUCUGAUCCCUCACGUAUCCUGGCCAGCAUUGCCAGACAGCUUGCCACGCCGGAAGUCGGCGGCGCUAUCCUCGAACCAGCGCUUGAAGUUUUCAACCAACGAGCGUCACAAGCGUUUGCCGAGGGGCCCCUCACGCUUGGGGAGAGCAAGGAACUAAUCAUCAAGCUUCUCGACCAAUACAAGGAUGCAACUAUGACCAUUGCAAUAGACGCCUUGGACGAAUGCAAUGAAGAUACGCGAGGCGACUUACUCGAAUCGUUCGAAUUCCUACUAGAGGAAUCACCGUGCCUUUUGAAGCUUCUUGUGUCAAGCCGGGAUGACCAAGAUAUUGUGUAUCAGUUCGAAAAUUACCCUUGUUUGGCUCUUUCAUCGGCCCACAGCUCUUCAGACAUCGAACUAUUUGUUGCCUCGGAGGUGAAGAAGCUUCUCAACAGUAGAUUUCUACGGAAGACCCAAAGUGGUAAAGAAGCAUUGUCUGAAAAGAUUGUCAAGGAACUCACGGCUAAGGCUGAUGGAAUGUUUCGUUGGGUAAGCCUUCAACUGCAGGCACUUCAAAAAUGCCGUAGCGAGGAAGCCAUUAUGGAGAGAUUAGGCCAGCUACCUCGGACAUUGGGAGACCUCUACCAAGAACUUGUGGUUAAAAUGGAAAACUUCGAAGCAAUCUCGGACAGAGAGCUGGCCAAGAACAGCCUCAGCUGGCUCCUCUGCAGCCAUGCCCAGCUAAACUCGGAAGCCUUUCUCGCUGCCGUCUCCACAAGCAAGGACGGCGAAAGUGACGCUAUUUCGCGAGAUCAGCUUCUGGAUUUGUGUUGCAACUUGGUUAUCUUCGAUGAAGCCCUCGACGUGUUUCGUUUCGCGCAUUUAUCCGUUCGAGAAUUCCUAGAAACGCACGAGUUAUUUAUAUCCGAGUCUAUAAAUUCACGUGUGGCGGAGGCUUGCCUGAUUCGUAUCAUGGAUGCGACACCCGAUAUGAACAUGGAAGACGACACAGAACCAUCCGUUGAGGUAUUGUGGUACUCUUAUGUAUACUGGGGCUUCCAUGUAAAAGCAGCUUCUGGAGAAAGAACGCCUAUUACAGACGACCUCCUGGCUGAAUUCUUGUCUGAUGAAGAUAAUCCUUCGUCGCCGUUUGGUUUAUGGGAUCAAAUCUUCCGCAAUGGCUCUUCGUACAGCAAGUGGACGAAAGAUCCUCCUACAGAGCUCUCCCAUUGCUAUUCUCUUAUGCCAUGUGUUCUGUUUCCUGUUUGCAUCUUCGACAUUUGUGGUGUUAUUAGCCCCCACGAGUGGAAGAGAUUGGCUGAAAAAGGGGUCAACAGCGUACGUGGCAAAAGUCCAAUUGAGAGUGCCGUUGAGCAGGGCUCAAUCAAUAUCGUGAAGUGGGCUUUGGACAAUGAUAUCCAGAUUUAUUUCACACUCGAAUUGCUUAUGUGCCUGGCUUGGAACAAGAGGAUGGAAAUGUUGCAGAUUUUCCUGGAAAAAUAUGACUCCGAGUUCCCUGUCGACCAAGAAUUUGUGCAAAUGGCUGCUGGAAACGAAUUUUGCGGCUAUGAAAUGACAAAACUGCUUCUCGACACUCGAGGGACUGGGAUCUCGAUAACAGCGCAGUUCCUUGAGAUUGUCAUUUGCUCUCGAGGCUCUGACGACAACGUGCUCAAGCUGCUGAAAUUUGUGCUUGAAAAGGUCGAAGGCGACAUCGUCCUGACCGAAUACACUCUUAGCCACGUGGCUAGAGACACCACAAAAGGCGAACAAGUCCUCCAAAUCCUUCUGAAGAGAUUUGAGAAGAAAAGUUUCCCGGUAUCACAACAGACCCUCUUAGAUGCCGCUAGCAAUGAAGAGUGCGGCGAUAAGAUGAUCGCGCUGUUUGUCCAGCACUUUGGCGAGCAGGUAGAGAUCACGGACGAACUUGUGAACAACGCAGCUGCCAAUAGCACUGUCGCCUUCUCUCAUCUCCUUCGCCAAUCUGGGCCAAAUCCUCAAAUCUCCGAGCGCUGCCUGGAACUGGCAGCAGAGUACAACCCACAGUCCUUGACAUUAAUUCUAGACAAGUAUGCCGAUGGGAUAGUGAUAUCGCAGAGCAUUGUCAAAGCCGCUGCCAGGAACCCGGCCUCUAUUAAGCUUCUUGAUCAGAGGUAUGGUUCCGAGUUUCAGAUUACAAGUGACAUCGUCGAAAUUGCGGCCAUAAGUCAUCCAGAAGCUCUCGACUUCCUUCUAAAGAACAGAUCAUCAGAGGCCAAACUGAACGAAGAUGUUAUCAUUGCAGCCACCCGAUACAAUACAGGAGUGCUUGAUUUCUUGCUCGACGAAUAUGGGCAUGAGAUUGAGAUCACUGAGGAGAUUAUGAAGACUGCUGCGCAAUACAAACUUGACUCAUUGGAGACCCUUUGCGACAAACGCGGAGAUGACAUUUUGGUUACCGAGGACGUUCUUCUUGCUGUAGCCAUGGCUUACUCAACGCAGUAUUCUUUGUACUAUAUCGAUCACAUCAUCUCGAUAUUCAUGAGAAUAAAAGAGGCAGACACUAUGGCUUCUAUAACCCCGAAGGUGUGUGCUAUGUCCGCAGCAUGUGGGGAUGAGGACGGCCUUGAUUGCUUUCGUCGCUACGUCCCGGAAGAGCUUCGAAACCCGGAAUGGGACUCUAUUUGUCGCCUCUUUAGCGCAGCAAAAGAAGGGAACUUGGAAGUUGUCCAAUCGCUCAUGCAAGAGCCAAUUCCGUUGGACACCAAGGAUAAUCUAGGUCAGACACCGCUGUAUAUGGCAGCAAGAUAUAGUCACCCUGAGGUCGUGAAGCUUCUGGCACAUGACAAGCGAGUUGAUAUCAAUUCCCUGUCUAUCUUCGGGCGUUCUGCUUUGUUCGAACCCUGCAAGUAUGGCUUAGUUGAGGUCGUGGAAGUUCUGCUCGUAGCUGGUGCGGAAACCCAUUUUAUAGAUGCGGAUGGUGACACCGCUCUCUCAGCAGCUAGAGGAAACGAGGAAGACAAAAUAGUGGCACUCUUAGAAGGCAAAUCAUAA